AUGCAGGAAGGCCAACAGGCCUUGGAAGAAGAAGCAGAGUCAGACCAACCAGCAGAGGCAGGAGGACCUUCACAACUUCAACCCGGUAGUACCUUGACGGCAUCACCCAUUUCCAUCGACCCGACUUCAGACAUGGGCCAGGCUGCUAGUACCAGCGCCGAAUCUGCUGCUGAGUCCACCACCGAAUCACCCACAGACAAGACACCUAGCCAACAACCGGCGGCUGGUGCUGUCUCAAGUACACCACAACCGGCGGCAGUCAUGUCUGCUCCUUCUGCUCCUGCUGCUCCUCCUAGGUCUGCUGCUGCUCCAGCUAAUACAGCAACACCUCGUCCGGCUCGACCAAAUUACCCACCAUACGCCACCCGUCCACCUCUUCCCGACGUGAACGUCACGCAAGAAACAAUAGAAGAUGCCUACGUCGACUUUAUCUUCCACUGCAACCCCCACGUGCCUUUAGAAACCGACACCAUUGUCCUCCGGGAUACGUUCUCCGACCCGCCAAAAAGCGGCGGCAAGUCCUUCAACACCUUUGUGCUCUUCGGACUGAUCAAGCAGCUGGAGACCAAGGAAAUCAAGACAUGGGCCGAGUUGGCUCUCAAGCUAGGCGUUGACCCACCUGACACCGACAAGGGCGAGAGUUCGCAGAAGAUCCAGCAAUAUGCUGUCCGCUUAAAGAGGUGGAUGCAUUCCAUGCACAUUGACUCGUUUUUCGAGUAUCUCGUUGGACGGGAGCACGAGUACUGGGUGGAUAUCCCGUCGCUGGCAAUCCCUCUCACCGAGGUAGAAAGAGACGGCGUGCGGGCGGAGGAUGAUAUGGCUUUGAGGGCUUUGUUGCCGCAUAUUAGGCCAAGGAGAGGCAGGAGGAAGCCCGGGGAGGAUGGUGAUGCUCAGUCUCCUUUACCUGGUGGUCCGGGUGGUGGAGAGCCGUGGUCUGCUCACCCUGCUGCUCAGAGGGGUAGUGUCUUCACUUUCGAUAACACACGGCUUGGAGUACCUGGACAAGGAGGAGGAGCUCCUUGGGGUAACAAUGAUGGGGGUCAGACUCCCAUGACUGCGUAUCCCCAGUCUGCUAUUACUCCCACGACAAGAACCAACUUUUGGUCUGAUGAGCCUAGGUCGGCUAUCACACCGUCUGGAUCAAAGCCCAAGUCUCUGAGUAGGCGUCACGGGGCUAAAGUGGUAUCGUCGGCAUGGAGAACUGGUGGAGCUACCGGUCGUGUCCGAGGACGGCCGCCCAUCAAUCGGCAGUUGAACAGUGACGGCCCCUUUUCGGCCUUCCCAGCGUCGAGUGAUUCACCUCACUACGGGAAACACGCCUUUCCCAAUAACAAUAACCCGCCGCCGCCGUCACAAACCCCUAUUCUGCCUCCUCCACGACCAAAUCCCGCCCCAGCAGGUGUUGUUCAAACUGCAACAUCCGCAACGGCCGCUCAGCCAUCACCAACGAUCCGAGAACCUCCGGCCCCAGCAGCAUCCGGCCGUCCAGCAAAGCGAACCCGUCUCUCCCUCCAAGUCCCCGAGCGCGUAGGCAAUGAAGUCCGUCUGGCUACUCCUCCCCUCUUAGCCCCGGCCCCGCCCACGCUGAUGGUAAACGGCCAAGCGCAGCCUUCUUCUACCAACUCCAACUCCUACAUCCACCCCCAAUACGCCCAAAUCACCAACCACCAACAGCAACACCAGAACCAAUCUUCACAACUCCACUUCCUCCCAUCCGGCCCCUCUCCCUCUUUCACCUUCUCCACAACACCUCAGCAAAACCUCAACGGCCCCUCAACCACCAUCCCAACAACCUCCUCCCUAACCCUCACCCACCCCCACACCGGCCACGGGCCUUUGGGCCCCUCCCCAUUUACUCCCCAAUCCCUCGUCGACCCCUCCACAGACAAAUACAAUUUACUAGAUGUCGAGUCCAUCUUCAUUCACCAGAUCUUGUCAGCCACCUGGCUUGAUCCCCAGGGGAACCAGAUCCCGGCUUGUUCUGUUGACGAAGCGUUUGCGUUUUGUCAUACCGUCAUAGAAAACUUGCAUCGGAAUGCGAGCAACAAGGAGGGGUUUCUGAUUAAUUUGGCGGCGCUAGUGGGGGGGUAUUCACUUAUGAAUAGGGAUGGGGGGCCGGGUGGUAGGACUGAUGGGGGGCAGGGACAGCAGGGGGUGGGAGGUGCAGGUGGAGGUGGAAGUGGAAGUGGAAGUGGAAGUGGUUCUGGGAGGGGGUUGAGGGUUACGAAACUUGGUGAGGGGUUUGAUCCGCCUUCAGAAGAAGAAGAAGGAGCAGGAGGCGGAAGCGGAGGCAAAUGGAUCAAGGUAUUGGCGGUUUGGGGAUUGAGACUGGGAGGGAUAUGUGGGAAUUACUCGAUGGAGGAGGUGAUUAGACUUGGGAAAUGGGGUGCUGGUGGUGGUGCAAAGAAGCCUACUUCCUCCAGUGAAGAUGCGGUAGCUGGUGCAGAAGGAGAUCAGAAUGGUGAAAGUUCAACUGCUGGUGGUGCUGGUGAAAAGAGCAGUGGUAGAGGGGGCAAGCGACAAGGCAACACAAACAAAAAGUUGUCCAAGAAGGAGGAAGAAGAACUAGAGAAGAAAAAGAGAGAGGAAGAAUUGAAAAAGGCCGAGGAGGAGAAAAAGAUGUGGCAACAGAAGUUCAUGGAUAUGGUGGCUGCGGUCAAGAAGAGGGAUGAGGAGUUGGCGCUGUUGAAGGGGAGUAUGUUGCAUGCGUUGAGGGAGAGGGAGGUAUGA